AUGCGCUUUCAGUGGCACAACCCCAAUGGAACACUAAUUAGUAAUCAGUGGUUCCUGAGACUCGCCGACAUGAGCAUCUACGAGUCUGGUGUCUACGUCUGCACUGUAUCAGUGGAAGUGAAUGGAACACAGCGCGAGGCCAGCCGUGGCACCAAUAUUCAAGUCAAGCCAGGUAAAACUGACACAGUCAUCACUGGCGGUUCGGCUCAAACUCCACAUGUGGUGUCUCCAGACUAA